AUGGGAAGAAGUUUAAUAAUUCUUCACAAUGAGGAAACCAAUGAGGUAGAAGGUGCAAGAUAUUAUGAUGCUUGUUGUCAAGAAGAGUGGGAUAAUUUAAAAGACUGGGAAGUCAAGAAGAGAGAUUUAAUGGAAAGAGAUGCCGAUAACUAUUGUCUAAACAAACAUCAGGGCGUUGGUUCUUUUGUUGACCAAGCCGAAUUAACUCGACUGGAACAGAAACUAGGUGUGGCAGGCACCCCCAAUUAUUCUCCUGCCAGUGAAGAUAAUAAAAAAGAAUUAGAAGACCAGAUAAAUACACUUUUAAAAGGGCAAAAA